AUGUUGGUGAGUAGGCUACUUUACAUGUGGGCUUGACUCUGCUCCUCUAGGGCCAGGAGGACUGCACUGGGUUAUAUGGGAUGGUGAGACUGGGAAGGGCAGUGUUAACCACACAGUCUGCAUUGUACAGUAUGUUUAUGAACAAAUGCAAGGUUCUCUUUUUUUGUCUUGGGCUGUUGUGUGAUAAAUCUAUGUUGAGAGGUGAAUCACAGCCCUAGAUGUCAAAUAAGUGUGCAUUUGACAACCCUGUCAGAGCAUAAGUCAAGUAGUAAAUGGAAAGAGAUACUGUAAAAUAAACAAAUAAUUAAGACAAUGAUGGUAUAUACCUGAGUCAUCCCAGUAAUAUAUAGUAAGCACAUUUACAGUAAGCACAUAAACCAGAGAAGGCUGGUGGGAGGAGCUAUAGGAGGAUGGGCUCAUUGUAAUGGCUGGAAUGGAAUACAUGAAAUGGUAUCAAAUACGUCAAACAUAUGGAGACCACAUGUUCGACUCCGUUCCAUUAAUUCCAUUCCAGCCAUUACAAUGAUCCUGUCCUCCUAUAGCUCCUCCCACCAGGAGGAGAUGCACUCACAUAGAUCAGUCAAUAAAAUGUACAGCAGUUUACUCAUAUGGGAUAUCUUUUGGGUCUUUUGACAACCAUGUGAUAAAUAGACAGACAGUGCUGGGCCUGUAGUAUCAUCAAAGAGGGUGGAUAAUCCUUGGGACGUCCCACCUCUGACGUCAUCCUAUUGAAGUUUACAUUUAAAACGAUUAACGUAAGGGUUAAAGUUAGGGUAGGGACUUCCCAAGGUUCCCAGAUAGCACUAACCAUAAAUGAAGGCUGUUUACCGUAGACAAAAAUGGUCACAGUUCCGGUCUGCUUAAUUAAGGGGUGGCUCUCCCAUACGCACCAAUGCAUUAGCAGCUGGGUCUGGUCUGCCUAGUAGUUCAUUCACUGUAUAUGAACCAUAAAAAAGGAGCGAGUGAGAUCUCUCGCUUCCUCUUCCGUCUCUGGUAUUAUCCCAGCCAGGGCCCAAAACCCGCCUGAUUCCACUAAUCACAUCACCUCCUCACACCAAACCAUUUAGCUUGAUUAGCAAAGAUCCCGCCCCACCUGCUGAUUGGUCAUUAGGGCACAGGAAGGGCUUGUGAGAGCAAUGGCAUUGUGGCAUCUGUCUGUUUUCUAGAGCUUGGCAGAAGCCUUACCUGACUUUUCUGGAGAGCAGCUGAUAGACAGGAUAGCAGGGCCGAGUGAGGACAGCUUGGUGGGCACACUGGUAAGAUGUGAGACAGGGACAUACUAACUCUACCUUUCAAUCUACAAGUGUAUAUAAUGACAAAUGUAGAAUUGCACAAAUGUUUGAGGUUCAGAUGCUGUUCCUACUGUUGAUCUCUUUCCCCCCCUCCCUUUAGAUUCACACACACACACUGCUGUUAAGAGCACCAAGGACAAGCCCACACAUCUAGACCUGUCUCGAGGUGAGUUAAAACAGAUUGCUGUAUAUUACCUGGAGUACCACAUCAUAAUGUAGCCCUCUUCUUCUUCUUCUUCUUCUUAGUGGCAAAAUAGGAGAGAAACAAUAUUUUUUUGCACAACUCACAUCUGACUACCUUAACUGUCCUCACACCGACAGCUCUGAUCAUGCCUCAACGCCAGAAGAGGCAGAUUACGGUGGCCCAGAGGGACCAGGGAAACCAGGGGGCUAAGAAGAAGAUGACCCUGAUCACUGUGUGUUGUGUACUGGUCACACUGGGGAUAUUGGCAGUGGGUGCUUACUUCAGUAUGUCCCUCCUCCGUCUCAUGUCACAACUUUAACCACAAUUAAAGUCUGGAGUUUCUCUAAAUCCUAUUCCUGUUGUAACCUGUAUCUCUUUUCCCCUUUAUCCUCUCUACCCCUCUCCUCUCUCUCCAUCCUCUCUACCUCUCUCCUCUCUCUCCAUCCUCUCUACCCCUCUCCUCUCUCUCCAUCCUCUCUACCCCUCUCCUCUCUACCCAUCCUCUCUACCCCUCUCUCUCUACCCCUCUCCUCUCUCUCCAUCCUCUCUACCCCUCUCUCUCUCUCUCUCUCUCUCAUCCUCUCUACCCAUCUCCUCUCUCUCUCCAGUCUGGUGUCUUGUCGACCGCAAGUUUUUCUUCUGCUCCCAGUCAUUGAAGUUCAUCCCCGUGGCGAUGGUGUGUGACAGGAAAGCAGACUGUGCCAGUGGAGAGGACGAGCUCACUUGUGUGUCCAGCCAGCCAGCCAACACCACCUUCCCAGGCAAGACCACCAGUACCACCCUCCAUCUUCUCCAUCAGUUUUCCCUUCCCUCUAUCAUCCACCUCUCAUCUUACCAUUCCACUCUCUGAUUCUUCUUUCUCUUAAAGGGGCAAUCUGCAGUUGCUACAUACAUUUUCGGACUUAGAAAUUAUUGAUUGUACCCAUUGAUUCUUGAAGAACAUAAACUAAGCACAAGGCAUUGAUAAGUUAACUGUUGUAGGGGAGAGUGGGGUAUCUGCAUCACUACGUCUAGGGAAAGUAUUCUUUCUAACAAAGAUAUAUUUCAGGAUGUUGUGUAUCCUUAGAAAGAAUCAGAAUUCAUGUAAACAUCCGUUUUGAAAACAUAGCUUGUCCAGGUAAUGGGUAAGUUGAGCAUAGGGACAGGGUAAGUUGAGCCGCCUUGAGGUAAGUAGGUGAUGGUGCUGGUGGGUCAGUUUAAUUCAUGAAAUGGGGCUGUGAUAUACAAUAUAUCUUAAAUGUAUGCCUACAUUCAGAAACAGAUCUCUCGCUGUUCAAUAUCACUUACCCUUACAUUUCUUGGCCAGUUGUCUGGGACAAUGUUAAGAGAAUUUAUUAACUAACUAUUUCAGUGUCUCUGUGCGUCUCCCAAAAGGUUGUAAGGCUUUUGGAUCAAGAAACGGACAGAGCCUCAGUGUAAUAGCCAGGUCUUUAUUCAGAGAAUUCUGCAACAAAUGGUCGUACAAUAUUUUUAUACGCACACGUCAGAGGAAAAAUCCCACCCCUCUGUAGGCGGGCUGUAUAUUUCCACUAUACAUGGGUUUAGCUCAUGUUUUCCUCUGCUAUCCUGACCACCAGGUCACACACACACACACACACACAUAGAUAUACAUACACAUGUUCUUAUCAUAGGCUGCAUUCCUUAAUUUUCGCCUCCUCACAAUAUCCUGCAAGCCUUUCACUCCCCUUUCCCUGUGUGUUUUGGGAACCAGUCUAUACUCUGUUGCUGGGAUAUAAACACAUUUGGUUAAUUCUCUAAGCUCUAGUCUACUAAUUAUUCAUACAUUAUUAGUUUAACUGAGGGUGUGACAUUUUAGUCAUAUCUCACUCACACAUUUCUUUAUCAGACAAGGAUGUUGUUUCGAUGUGCCAAUUCGUAGGCAAGUUCUCUGCAUUUGAGGCUACUAAGCCCAUGAAACUGCCCACAUGAAAAUGUACUACAGUUUACUAUAGAAUACUACAGUACUUACUAUAGAAUUAUGUUGCAUACUGUAGAAUACUAUACUACACACUGUAGUGUCCCUCUCAUGUAGUACUUACUAUAUAAUGUUGUAGUAUACUAUAGUAAAUACUACAGUAUUAAUCACAAAACUGUAGUAAAUACUACAGAAAUGUCUGCAAAAAAAAAAAACACGUCACUUUUUUAAACUAUAGUAAAUACUACAGUAUUUAAUUUGCAUAUACCCUGUCCAUUCCCUUCCCCCAUAUCCCAAUUUGUGCCACCCAUAAGUGAGAACCCUACAUGCCAAGUAUAGACCAUAUUGUGUUCCAUACAGAUUAUAGGAAAGAGCAGAAGCUCUGCACUAUCCGUUCAGACCCCAGUUCUUCCUUCCUUCCUUCCUUCCUUCCUUCCUACCUACAGGUUAUGGAAAAUGUGCUCUUAUAGUAUUCUCCAAUAGGUUUCCUCAAGGAGAAACCCUCCACUUAUAUAAAACAAAAACACUAUAGUAAAUACUACAGUAAUGUCAGCAAAAACACUACAGUAAAUACUACAAUCCGCAAAAACACUACAUUAAUUAUUAUAGUACAUACUAAAGAGUAUUUUACUACAGUAUUUAUACUAUAGGUAACUGUAAAUACUACAGUAUACAAGUCUGCAAAAACUCUAGAGGGGCGGGAACGGGUUUUAUUUUUUCUGCCGAUUGCCCAUUUAACUCAUCCAUCCAUCCUCCUGUCUGUCUGUGUGUGUCUCUGUGUGUGUGUGUAGUGCGGUUGGUGGGUGAGAGCAUGGUGCUACAGGUGUUCAGGGUGGAGGCUGGGUGGAGCACCGUGUGUGCAGACGACUGGGGAUUGAGCGACACCCGCAGUGCCUGUCAGCACCUGGGAUACACACUGUAAGAUAAGACCUCAGCAGUCUUCUUCUAUUCAGUCAGAUACGUAGUCUUAUGUAUCUCCUGUAUAUAUCUGACUACUGUUUGUCAUCUACACCAGGAACCCUAAAAGCAAUAGACUGGAUGUCAACAGCCUACACCCCUCACUGGGAGAGUCCUUCAGUGCAGUAAGAGCAAGAACUAAGGGUCCCCUUCACACUGCACUCAUCAGCAGGUAGGUGUAUAUGUUCUUCUGGAUGUCCUCCAACCAUCUGACUGUUUAGGUGUGAGUAACUGACUAUCCUCUCUGUUUCUCAGAGAAACCUGCAUCUCAGGCUCAGUGAUAGCUCUAUCGUGCUCAGGUAAAGAUUUCAAAUGAUCACCACCCAUCUACACACUUUUGCCACUACCCCUAUAGAUACUUCAUGGUACCCCCUGAAAUAAAUGGUUGGAUUUUUGUAAUAAGUUGGAAGCGCUUACCAUUACCAAGGCUUGUCAUCCCUUGCGUGUCCCUCCAGACUGUGGGGAUGCGGUGGGGCAGGACCGGGUGGUGGGGGGUUCUGACACCACCAUAGAGGAGUGGCCGUGGCAGGCCAGCCUGCAGAAAGACCACCAGCACGUCUGUGGAGGCUCCCUGGUCUCCCUCACCUGGCUCAUCACCGCUGCACACUGCUUCAGCAGGUCAACACACACUCAACAUUGUGUUUUGCUUUAUCAUUAUUCUCUUUGCUGUCAUACUAUUUGUUUAAUGUUGUAUAUGCAAAACAAACACUGACCUUUUUCUUUCACACACACCCAGUGAUUGGAAGGAUCUGAACCUCUGGCAAGUGGUGCUGGGUAGGACCCACCUGAUGUCUACUGGGGGUAUUUCUGUAGCAGCCAUCAUAAUCAAUAAAGAUUACAGUUCUGACACUCACGACUAUGACAUCGCCAUGCUGAAGCUCAUCAGGCCUGUCACUACCGGAGGUACUGGACACCUCUCCAGCAGUUACUCAACCGUCCCAAAGUCCUUUACAGUAGCCUAUAACCUUCAUCAUUGCUCAGCUUGAUGGAUGGGAACAUGUACACACACAGGGGGUUAACUCCCCAUGCUGUCCUCUAGUGUUAUGAAGUUGAACUGCCAGGACUGUAUUUCUUUCCCAACCAGUUUUCUUGUCCGAAACAACUGUCAUUGAAAAAUAUAGCCUUUGGUACUAAUUUCUAGUCACUGUACUAUAAACCCAUAAUUGAGGUCCUCUGCCGUGGUUGGUUGGUUUGUUUUAUGUUGUACAGUGACGUACAUUUAAGCAAUAAGUCCUGAGGGGGUGUGGUAUAUGGCCAGUAUCCCACGGCUAAGGGCUGUUCUUGGAUACAGCCCUUAGCCGUGGUAUAUUGGUUACAUACCACAAACUCCCAAGGUGCCUUAUUGCUAUUAUAAACUGGUUACCAACGUAAUUAGAACAGUGAAAAUAAAUGUUUUGUCGUACCCUUGGUAUACGGUCUGAAAUACCACAGCUUUCAGUCAAUCAGCAUUCAGGGCUCGAACCUCCUAGUUUAUAAUAAAGAAAACUGAUGUCUUGACUCUCUCCAGACACCCUCCGCCCAGUGUGCCUGCCACCCCACAGCCUGCCUCUGAAGGCAGGGGACCCCUUGGUGGUGACUGGCUGGGGCUUCCAGCACGAGAAAGGUGAGACUGGACAGGGCUAUCUGUACAGAGCAGAAGGCAGGUCUAUAAAAAAAUAGCUAAAUCAUACAGCCAAUCAAUGUAAAGCCAACUUUCUUUUCCUUUUUUUUUUUUUACACUUUAGUCAUUUAGCAGACUCUCUUAUCCAGAGUGACUUACAGGAGGAACUCAUGGUGCUCAAGGGCACAUCGACAGCUUUUUCAAUUAGUCGGCUCUGGGAUUUGAACCAGCAACCUUUUGGUUACUGGCCCAAUGCUCAUAACAGCUAGGCUACCUACCGCCCUAAUGUAGACCAAAGCCCCAACAAUGGCAGGGCGUGUAGAAGUGCGCACUUCCGUACUGUCUGGCCAUUUUUAUUGUGUUCUUAGUGUAAGAGGCUACCUGUUAUCUCCUGGGCGGUGGUUAGCCUAGCGGUUGGGACAGUAACCGAAAGGUUGCUUGUUUGAAUUCUUGAGCUGGCAAGGUUGAAAAAAUCUGCCGUUUUGCCCUUGAGCAAGGCAGUUAACUGCUCCCCGGGCGCCGCUGACGUGGAUGUCAAUUAAGGCAGCCCCCCGCACCUCUCUGAUUCAGAGGGGUUGGGUUAAAUGCGGAAGACACAUUUCAGUUGAAUGCAUUGUUGACUGACUAGGUAUCCCCUUUCCUCUUUCCCAGGUAAAAUCUCCUCAGUCCUGCAGAGUGCCACUGUGUAUCUGAUUGACAGGAAGGUGUGUUCCCGCCCCUCCAUCUACGGCCCCUCAGUCACUCCCAGAAUGCUAUGCGCAGGGAACAUGGAGGGAAAAGUGGACGCGUGCCAGGUAGAGCUCCUCCACCAAUACACUAACGCCUACAAAAUGGCUGCCUUUAGUUAGUUUGCUAGACUGUCACACUGCCAAUGCAGUCAUACUUUGCAUUUGUCUUCUAAUGCCAUUUCUUUUGCUCUCUCUUUCUCUCCCAGGGUGACAGUGGGGGUCCACUGGUGUUCCUAUCCAAGUGUUGGCAGCUGGUGGGAGUGGUGAGCUGGGGGGUGGGCUGUGCCCGCCCGGGGAACCCUGGGGUCUACUGCAGCGUAGCGCAGCAACUCAACUGGAUCUACUCCAUCAUGGAG